CAGUCUUUUUCGCCGUUUUCACGAUGACUUGGUAAAUCUAACAUACAAGCCUUCCGAUUAUUAAUGCUUCCAAUACCUGAUGAUGAAGCUAGUGAACAUGUGGGACAUGAAUGAUGCUACAAGUGACUUUAUGUUUUUUAUCCUGUUGUGAAACUAUCUUAUAAUGCUGCUGAGGAACAUAGAUAAAUAAGCGUGUUAGAAGAGAAAGUUUCGAAGAGAUCUACAGAAUAACAAUGUAGUAACAGAGGAUAAUUUAAGUUUUCAUGUUUUGGUGCAGUUUGGCGCUGUGUUCGUUUUUUUUGUAUGUAACGUAACAAUGAGUGAGUGCAAAGUGUCAUUGAAGUGUUGCAACUGCUUUUCAAUGUGUCACAAUGCAUAACAGCAGGCGGCCUUUCAAAGAGUGACUCGGACCGAAGGUCUUCUCCCAUAAAACAUAAAAGCUUUUUCAGCUUACCUUGCUUAUCUUUUCUAUUCCCACAUUUUUCCUACAUUAAUAUGUCAGACAUCUCUGCUCCAAAAACCUUGGGAAACCGUCGAUUUCAUAACGUGGAAACAUCAACUUACUGGUUACCGAACGAUGAAAGUGAACUGGAUCGCUUGGACGAAUAUCAUUUCACUCUGAAAGAUUUUUUUGAAGGAAAUGUUCUAGGACCUGGCAAAUCGCUGUUCGAAAAACCCGUGAAGGCGCUGGAUGUUGGUUGUGGCCCCGGCACUUGGGUGCUUGAUAUGAGUACCGAGUAUCCGAAAAGCGACUUCACAGGCGUGGAUUUGAGGGAUGUGACGUUCCCAACUAAAAAGGCAUCCAACAGCCAUUUCCUGGUGGGAAAUGUCCUCACUGGCCUUCCUUUUCCAGACAAUACUUUCGACUUCGUGCAAAUGCGACUGUUGGUGGCAGCAAUUCGAGUGGAGGAAUGGCCGUCAGCAAUGAAAGAGUUGAUGAGAGUGACCAAACCGGGAGGAUUGAUCCAGUCCAUUGAAAUCGAUCUCAAGGUGGACGAAAACGAUAAGACAGGAUUAGUCAAAGCCAUGUGUGACGCUUGUACGAGCCGCGGACAGGACCCGCGCGUUGCUAUCCGCAUCAAAGAUUUACUGACGGAAGCUGGCGCACAAGUGCUUCAUACCGAGCGACGGGAAGUAAAUUUGGGCGGCGACGAUGCUUUGGCCACCAAGUUUAUUUCCGUUUCCAAAAAUAGCAUCCACAGCAUGCUGCCAGUGCUCGGUCCCAUCCUCAACAUCGAUGAGAGCGAAGGUCUCGAUAAAGGGCUGGACAGAUUCUGCGAUCGUUUGCGCAAAUCGGAAUCACGCUGGUAUUACAGCGCCAACUUGGCCCAAAAGCCUGAAUAAUAACUAUCUUCAAGGAGCUAUUGCAUCUUAUAAACAUACCCCACGUCAAAGCGUAAAUAUACUCGACUAAGCAAUCAACGGAUGUAAUUUACAGACCCGAUGCAAAGAUCUUAUUUGUGGCCCGACGUGCGUUUGCAUUAUUUUCUUUGCUGCUCUCAGAAGCGCAGAUAAAUGUAACAAGCUUUAUCUAUCCCUAAUCUUAGUUUGUUACGAACGGAUGCUCCUUUGCUUUGUUGAGUAACCUUAAAUUAAUAACAUUUGAGCAAAUCGUAUCGAAGAAUGAA